AUGAGAGCUGCCCAGCUGUCAAAAAGCUUGGGGCGAGGAGUUGCAAAAGCUUGUUUGGACGGCCAGACAAAGGACACAAUGGCCCAUUAUGUCAAGAUGGUGGUGAGGGGCUGUGACCGCAGUGGUUGGCCUAUGCGUCGUGUCUUCAUCAAACACUUAGCCCAAGUUGCAUCCCGAAGUAUCAAAGCUGGAGAUGUAGCCGGCUCUAGCAAAGCGUCCGAAUGCCUGGCCGAGUUUGGCAAUGUGGGGGGCUGGAAGUACGUGGUCACAUGGUUGGGGGAGAAGCCAGAUGUGAACAAAUGGCCGAGCGGAGCGGUGCUGGACCAACUGGGCACCUGCCUCACGGCGAAGGCUCCCGUGCAGCUGUUUGCGCUGCUGCACGCCGCGCUGACCUCCUCCUCCUUCAACUUCAGCGCCCGGAGCCUGGGGCGCUUGGAGCGCAUCAUGGCGAAGGCCGUGGCGCCGGCCUUCCAGCUGCAAACCUUGGAGCAGAGCCUCGCCCUGGUGCGGGAGGUGGCGGCCUGCGGCCGAGUCAAGGACCGGUUCCAGUUUGUGCUGCAUUUGAUGGAUUUCGCCCUGGAGAUCAAGCAGGAGAUGGACACGCAGAAGAGCAGCAGAUGGACGGAGAUGCAGCAAAAGCUGCAGGGCUUCUUGGCAUGUCCCCGAGUGCAGGGCAAAGUGUCGAAGGAUUCGUGGCAGGCGCUGGCUGCGCUGGAAGAUGACCUGAUGGACACUCUGAAGAAUACCAUAGACCAGCACCUGCAAUCAUCCAAAGAGCACGAGCAGUCUUUGGAGGAGAAGCAGCAGCAGCAAUUUGAAAAGGACACACUGGCAAAGAUGGAUCAGGAUCGACAGGUGAUUUGGUCUUUGCUUCAUGAAGGCGAGCUCAAGGAGAAGCACAAAGCGGGACUACAGAAGUGCUUGGGCAGAAUCAGGAGCAUGUAUGAGCUGAUGCAGAAGGUGGAGCCGACGCGGCCCUGUUUAGAGGCCUGGGACGCUGCGAGGGCUGCCGUGCAGAGCUACGGCGAGAUGCCGGUCAGGUGCACCAAAGCCUUCCAGUGGCUGCAGAGGAAGCAGCUGGGGCACCUGGGGUCUCUGCUGGACUCCGCCGGCCUUCUGGAGCACCUGCACCGCCUGGGAGACGCCGAUUUCGGCCAGGGUUUCCCGCUUCGCGGUCGCCAGCUGCUGCUGGCGGCCGUUGAAGCGGAUGCCUUGUCGAAGGAUGACCUGAAGCCAAAGCUCGAUGAGGUGCCGGAGGGCUGGGAGCAGCGGACGUCCAGGCAUCUCAACCUUCAGUACUUCCAAUCCUUGGAGGCAGCUGGCAAGAUGCAGUGGGAAUGGCCGCUGCCCAAAAAGUUGCUUCCUUGGAGGAAGGGGCCGGAUGCAACUGACCACCUCUGUCAACAGCGCGACGAGGACAGUUUGCUGUCCGAGCACAAGAAAACUUUGAGUGGGCCCAAAGGCAGACGGCCAUACUUGGAAGGCCAACGGUGUUUGCUUUGCAUGCGGGAUGCAGAUGACAUCCACAUGGCAUCGCGGGAGCAUAGUCAGCAGAUGAUGUACUGGAAGCAACUGUCAGACCGAUUGGCGAUGGUGUGCCUUGAUUUCCGCAAAGUGUCUCAUCAGGACAAGCCCCAAACUGGCCUGACAACAGCCUGGCGAGGAGAGCUCUGGCAGGCUUUGAAGGUGGAUCCAUCGCCGCCACGCCGAGUCUUGGCCGUGUUCUGGCUGCGGGCAGUGCUGCCCCAGCUGGCUGCGCCUACGCCGUCACAUGAUACCACCACAGGACUUCAGGCGCUGCUGGAUGAAGCUUUCACAGCAGCCAGUGAGAUGCCCAAAGUCGAUGCCAUGGUCGUGGAGAAGGCCCAGGGUGCGUGA